CCGGCCUGAGAAGAACCUCUGAGGUCGGGGAGACCGGACGGAGCAACGCUCAUCGUUUCUGGCCUCCCCUUCCUGAGAGCUCCGUGGAGAAGAUGAAGCGGUUCAAGAGGCGUCUCUCCCAGACACUGCGAGGCAGCCACACCAUUGAUGAAUCGCUGUCUGAGCUGGCCGAGCAGAUGACCAUUGAAGAGAAUGGCCUCAAGGAUAGUGAGCCCAUAGUGAGAAAUGGCCGUCCUCCAUCAGCCCACAGUGUGCACUCCUUUCUUCACCAGUACACCGGCUCCUUCAAAAAACCUCCGCUGCGACGACCACAGAGCGUCAUCGGAGGAGGCGUGGGGUCUCUCAUGGCCAUGCCUCGCAAUGGCAGUCGCCUUGAUAUCGUCCAUGAGAACCUGAAGAUGGGGUCGGACGGGGAGAGUGACCAGGCAUCAGGUACUUCCUCUGAUGAGGUGCAGUCGCCCACGGGUGUCUGUUUGAGGAACAGAGGGAACAGACGCAUCUCUGCAGAGGACCUGAACAAGCGUCUGUCCCUUCCGGCUGACAUCAGGAUACCUGACGGUUACCUGGAGAAACUACAGCUGAGCAGCCCACCCUUCGACCAGCCGCUGAGCCGACGUUCCCGCAGAGCAUCACUGUCAGAGAUUGGGUUUGGGAAGCUGGAGACCUACAUCAAACUGGACAAACUGGGGGAGGGAACCUACGCCACAGUAUUCAAGGGGCGGAGUAAACUGACCGACAACCUCGUGGCACUGAAGGAGAUCAGACUGGAGCACGAGGAAGGGGCACCUUGCACAGCAAUUCGAGAAGUGUCAUUACUGAAGGACCUGAAACACGCCAACAUCGUGACGCUGCAUGAUAUCAUCCACACAGACAAGUCGCUCACACUGGUCUUCGAGUACCUGGACAAAGACCUGAAGCAGUACAUGGACGACUGUGGGAACAUCCUAAGCAUGCAGAAUGUCAAGCUCUUUCUGCUUCAGAUCCUGCGAGGCUUGGCGUACUGUCACAAACGGAAAGUUCUUCACAGGGACCUGAAGCCUCAGAAUCUACUCAUCAAUGACAGAGGAGAACUCAAACUGGCUGACUUUGGUCUGGCCAGGGCGAAGUCUGUUCCCACAAAGACAUAUUCUAACGAGGUGGUAACACUUUGGUAUCGGCCUCCUGAUGUUCUGCUCGGCUCGUCAGAGUAUUCCACUCAGAUAGACAUGUGGGGUGUGGGCUGUAUAUUCUAUGAGAUGGCUGCCGGCAGGCCGCUGUUCCCCGGUUCCACAGUGGAGGAUGAGCUGCAUCUCAUCUUCAGGCUGCUUGGCACUCCAACAGAGGACAGCUGGCCUGGAAUAUUCUCUAUCGACGAGUUCAAGUCCUACAAGUUCCCCAAGUAUAAGACCCAGCCCCUCAUAAACCAUGCACCGAGGUUGGACACUGAUGGCAUUGACCUGCUGAUGUCAUUCCUAAGAUACGAGUCCAAAAAGAGGAUCUCUGCUGAUGAAGCAAUGAGACAGCCGUACUUCAGGAGCCUGGGGCCACGUGUGCACACACUGCCAGAGAACACAUCCAUAUUUACACUGAAGGAGGUGCAUCUGCAGAGGGAUCCCGGUUAUCGGAACUCAUCAUAUCCUGAAUCAGGCAAUGGAAAAAGCAGAAGACAAAGCAUGCUGUUUUAGACUCUGUGGACUGUAUUUCUUUUAUUUGGGAAGGAUGUCCUGGCUCUUCAGGAUCAGUAAGCUGAGAUGGAUGUUGGCAUCGAGCAUCACUGUCAUCGCCUCUCCCCCAAAUUACUUGGGAAAAUCGUCCACAUUGCGACCCACCCCCACUCCACCCCCCCUCAUGUUUGGCCUGAACCUGGCCCAAAAGAGACAUUUAUAUACUGUACAUCUAUAUUUAUUGAGAAGAGAAUUUGCUGCUAAAUCCAACUACUGUCUAGAAUUCUAAUGGGCUCAGUCACUUUAAUGAGUACAUGCAAUGUAUAUAGAUUUAAUUUUUUGUUUUUUUUGAAGUGGUGGUAUUUUUAGUCAUUAUUUCCAUUUUCAUACAGAAAAUCUGCACAUGGAAGCUCCUCGGUGCGAGUGUGUGUGUGUGUGUGUGUGUGGCGCCGCAGCAGACAAACAGAGGGACGUUUGUGCUGCAGCUCUGAAGGGUUUCAUGUUGUUUCUGCGGCGCUGUCCUCAGCUGCACAAAUUAUUUGUGACCAUUUACCCUGAAGGUUUUCGAGGCCAGCUUUGAUUUAAUAACUGAUCAUUUUUAUCCUAACUGGAGGAUAAUUAUGAGUGAAAUGUUGCCAAGCUCUGUGGAAAAAAAAUAUUUUUGUCAGAUACUGGCAUUAUAUCAUUCCAGGAUGCUGUGGUCUCUGUCGUGACCAAUGAACAAAUGCAGGAGGAAAGUGGCAACAUGGAAUUUAAAGGGCAUUACAGGAUUUCGAUACGCCUCCUCAACGUUUAAGUGGUGAACAACCUCCUCAUGCUUGUUCUUUUAUCCUCCAGUUGCAGGAGAGAGAGGGAGCAAAGUGAAUUUCAGGUCUUGGAAUCCUUUUCAGAUGUGUUCUCCUCUCUGCCAUUCCCAUCUAUAUCAACUGUAAAAAAAACAUGGCUCCGUUUUUGUUUAGUUUUUUUCUUUAAUGACCUUCAACAUUGUUUUGCAUGUCUGUUCUGUUGUAUGAGUAAGCACACAUUCAGGGAGCGCUAGCUUUAGUUCUGCCCCUUGUGAAUGAGAUACCAAGUCAGUCUAUUUAACAGUGUUACCAGAUAUUUUGUAUGAUAUUCUUUAACUUUAUUUGUGGGAAUUCAUUGCAGAUGCCCUCCCAUAUGAGCUUUUUUUUCCAGAGUAAAGAAAAUUAAAUUUAAAAGUUUAAACAGAA